AUAUACAAUUGUACUGCCAUUCACCCGCCGACUCUUCAUGGUCAUUUUAAGUGCAGAAAUUGGUUUUGUUUUACCUUUACGUUAAUUUUCCUGCUGACGGUAUAUAUAUUCACGUAUUAAACAUACCAAUUAGAACCUCCACGAACAGGGGCAUUGGAUUGCGGCAUUUCAUUAUACGAAAGUUUCGCGGUGUCAGUUUGUCGUGGUCGCUUGAACUGAUAAAACAUCAAAAAAACGGAGCUAAACUUCCGCUUCCAUUCGGCGUGGGAGUGUUGGGCAUCUUUUCUUAUCAAAGAGGCAAUUAUUAGAUAAAUAUACAACAAAAUAUGCAGGAAACAUAUUUAUAUGAUCCCAAUUUGCUGCUUAAGCUGGACUUUCAUCGCAGCCCGGCUAAAUUUCAACCUUUCAUUUCUGCUGCCAGUCCAGGUGAAUCUUGGCUGAAAGUACGUCCACUUAAGGAUACGGAUUAUGAUCGUGGCUUUUUGCAGUUGCUAUCACAACUUACACAUGUGGGUAAUGUGAAUCGCACCCAGUUCCUGACUCGUUUCUCGCAGAUGAAAGCUAGUGGAGAUUACUUCGUGACCGUCAUUGAGGAUACACGUAAGGGCGAGAUCAUUGGAGCUGCUUCACUUGUGAUUGAACGCAAGUUUAUACACAAUUGCUCAGUGCGUGGUCGUUUGGAGGAUGUGGUAGUCAAUGAUACGUACCGUGGCAAGCAGUUGGGCAAGCUAAUUGUGGUAACCGUUUCCUUGUUGGCCGAAGAAUUGGGCUGCUAUAAAAUGUCCUUGGACUGCAAGGACAAACUAAUCAAGUUUUAUGAAUCUUUGGGAUAUGUCCUAAUACCAGGAAACUCGAAUUCCAUGACCAUUCGUUACGAUGAAGCACCUCAAACGACGCUCAAACGAAAUGUGACCUCAACUCAUGGCGGCGGCGACAACUCCUGCCAAACUAAUUCUCAAUAUUAUAAUUUUUUCUCCCCUUUCUGCUACUGAUCGAUCGAUUGAUUGAAUGAAUGAAUGAAUGAACUAUCCAUCAAACAACCAACCAACUGAGUAAAGGUAGUAGUUAUAUUGCCUUUUAAGAGCACUUUCAUCAAGUAGCCCAAAAUACAUAUUAUAUAUACAUCCUAUGUACUAAAUGAAAAAAAGAAAAUCACAUUCAAAACUAA